AUGCCUCCUACUCACAAAGGAGGCUUAUCUGUGGCCGUUCAAAGGCUUCAGCAAGAUUACCUGAGGCUCGUUCGUGAUCCUGUACCCUUCGUCACCGCCCAUCCUCUUCACACAAAUAUCUUUGAAUGGCAUUACUUGGUUUGCGGACCCCCUGAUUCCCCUUACCAUGGUGGAUACUACCAUGGAAAACUGAUUUUCCCUAAGGAAUACCCUUUCCGGCCCCCUUCUAUAUAUAUAAUUACUCCUAAUGGGCGGUUUGCCUGUAAUACAAGACUUUGUCUUUCCAUAAGCGAUUUUCAUCCCGACACCUGGAAUCCAGCCUGGUCGGUUUCAACGAUCCUUACAGGUCUUCUUAGUUUCAUGCUGGAAGACACUCCUACUAUGGGCAGUAUAGCAACCUCAACUUACGAAAAACACAUCAUGGCUAGGGAUAGUGCCGAAUUUAAUCUCAAGGACGAAGUUUUUGUAGAAUUAUUUCCUGAUGUCGUUCGGGAGAUAAAAGCGAAGCAAUUGCUUGCUCAGGCCAGUGCUAAUUCCUCCCUGUCCUCCUCCCGAAGUGGCAUUCCUGGGGUCAUGGAUGUGGAAAACUCCAUUAAUGCCCAGCGUGGGACUGGCGGUGGUAGAGGCGGCCAGCUACCUUUUGUAGCUGUUUUUAUCCUUUUUGGCAUCUUUGCAAUCUCCGUCAAGGUGGUGAUGGAGUUCCUUGGGGAUUCGAUCGGCUAA